AACCAAAUUGCUUUGGUGCCUCCAAUCGGCAAAGAUGAUUUCGAAGAUUUCAGAUUCCAAAUGCCAUAUCCAAAGUCUACGUAUCGCUGUUUCAGAGACAUUGUUAAGUACCUGGACAAAUUCGUCGUUGGUCAGGAACUGGCGAAACAAACGCUAGCCGUUGGUGUUUAUCAGCACUAUAAAAGAUUGCAGAAUAAUACUGAGACACAAAAUUUCGCCAUUAUUGUUGUAAACAUUAGCAAGGAAAGCUCUCUUAACGAAGAGCUAAAGGUUAUAAAUGAAUCCAGAACUUUUCAGGCUCCGCUAACAAUGGAGAAGUCGAACAUCGUGCUGUUGGGCCCGUCAGGAAGCGGAAAAACAUAUUUAACACAAUGUCUUGCACGAUUACUCGACGUACCGAUAGCAAUGUGUGACUGUACAACGCUCACACAAGCUGGUUACGUCGGCGAAGAUGUGGAAACAGUCAUUCAAAAACUACUCAUUAACGCUCAUGGAAAUGUCGAAAGAGCACAGCAUGGAAUCGUGUUCCUUGACGAGUUCGACAAGAUCCAGUCCUCUAGCGAUCCAAUACAUUCCGUAGGAAAUCGUGACGUCAGCGGACGAGGGGUUCAGCAGGCGCUUCUGAAACUAGUUGAAGGAACAGUUGCGAGAGUGAAAAUACCAGGACCGAUAGUAAGCAAGGUUGACGUCGACACAACAAAUAUUUUAUUCAUUGCUUCCGGUGCAUUUUCAAAUCUGGAGCGGAUCAUUGCAAAAAGGAUAAACAAGCGGUUAGUCACUUUACGCUUCGGCUUUGAUGGUUGUGGAAUAGAUGAAAAGGAAGGGAAACAUGUACUUGGCUUUGGUGCUGCAUUCACUGAUAUGGUCGAGGAUCUUUCGGAUUCUGAUGAAACCAUAGCUGCUAAGAAGCGCAAUGAACUAUUCCAGCUAGCAGAUUCAUCGGACUUGAUGCAGAGUAUUUCAUCCGACCAUGAAAAGUCGUCUAGGUUCGGAAUGGUGCCUGAGCUGGUGGGGCGAUUUCCGGUUCUUGUACCAUUCCACACUUUGGAUGAGAAGAUGCUUAUUCGAGUUCUUAAUGAACCUCAUAACAAUCUGAUUUUGCAAGCUCAACGAUUUUUUGCAAUGGACAAUAUCAAGCUGAAGUGA